UGCGCCUGGAUCCGUUUUUACCCGCAGCUGGAGAAGCCGGUUUCGUAAUCCGGAGCAGUGUGAGGAGUCAGAGCAGGAGAAAUGUCAGUGCAAGUAAAGCAGGACCCCAUGCCUCCAUAGGUGCACAAACCAGUCCUGUUGUUGAUCCCGUGAGCCGGAGUGGAACGCAGAGGUGUCCUCGCGAUGUGGAGCUGCAUGGUUUAUAAUGAGACAGAAGGCAGCACAGAACUGGCUGUUUGCUGGGACUUGGGCCUUGCUCUGUCCAUCUUCUCCUUCUUUUACCUCAUUGUGUGCUUCCCUGUGGGGCUGUGCUACAACGCCCUGUUGGUAGCAGUGAACCUCUCCAACAAGAUGUCCAUGACAAUGCCGGAUGUCUACUUUGUGAACAUGGCUAUCGCUGGGCUCGUGUUGAACCUGGUGGCUCCGGUCGAGCUCCUGGGCCCGGAUUUCACGCGCUGGCCUGCAUGGGAGCACAAUGAUGAGGUGUACAUCACCCUCCUCAUCCUGUUCAACAUCUCUUCCCUGGUUAUCAUGUACUCAACAGCAUUGCUCAGCCUAGACUACUACAUUGAGCGGGCACUGCCACGCACCUACAUGUCUAGUGUUUACAACACCAAACACGUGUGCGGCUUCAUCUGGGGCGGCGCCGUCCUUACUAGCUUCUCUUCGCUCCUCUUCUAUGUGUGCAACCAUGUGUCAGCUAAGAUCCUCGAGUGCUCCAAGAUGCAGAACAAAGAGGCAGCCGACGCCAUCAUGACCCUCAUCGGGUACGCCGUGCCAGCCGCCGCCGUGCUGUACGCCCUCUGCCUCAUCCUGCGCAUCCGCAAGGAGGCCACGCCCUUGGACCAGGACUCGGGAAGGAUGGAUCCUUCCAUCCACAGGCUGCUCCUGGCAUGUGUGGGUGUGCAGUUCAUCCUCUGGACACCUUACUACACCACACUGCUGCUGCUGACGGUGGUUGAUGUGCCCUCCAUGCAAACUGCUGGCACCUACGCCUUUCUGAGAGGCUUUUCGCAGCUACUCGCCUUCUCUAGCAGCUUCGCCAUGCCACUCAUGUACCGGAAGAUGAACAAAAACUUUGCCCACAAGCUCCAGCGACUGUUGAAGAGGCUGCACUGUGGCAAGCAGUCGUGUUCUCAUGAACACUCUGUCAUACAGCAGGUGAUCACGUGAGCAUCUGGUGAUCGGAGCUUUCCUGCUCUUUAUUGACACUUGCUGCACAAACCACAGACCUCUGUUAAACUGUGAAACUGCGCAAUGACAUGUAACUUUUUAACCAGUUCUGCUUUAUUGUGUCUGUUGGCCAAGAGUGGAGAAGAAAACCGAUAUUACAGAGGCUUUUUUAUGCACUGUGACCAACUUGAACUCAUUUAGCUGAAAGCUACAUCUUGAUUGAGGCUUCUAAUGUUACCCACAAUGCUUGGAUUUUGGAGUGUUUUCGUGCCACUCUCCAUUAAUGAUAAGCAACUCGUAAUGUUAUGAUACUAGAAAACACAGUUUAUUAUAAAUGCCUUAGAUUAAUACAAGCCAGUGAACAUUACAUGGGAUUAGGCUGUGUAGUGAACACCCAGAGAUAUCUCAGACAGCUUGGUAUCUGUGUGUGUGUGUGUGUGUGUGUGUGUGUGUGUGUGUGUGUGUGUGAGUGUGUGUGUCUGUGUGCACUGCUCCUCAGCUUAGACCUAUUACUUUCUGCAGCUGAAACUGAAUCAUUAAUUCUUUAAAUCAAAACCUGUGGUGGAAUUAUAGAGGUGUAGCCUGAAUAUCAGGAACAAGUAGCUACAUCCUGUCUGUUUUUCUCAACAGUCAUCGAAGGUGGAGUAGAAAAAACUCCUUCAAGCUAUUUCCUUUCAUUUUGUGACUCUUUUGUGACAAGAAACGGGUAUUUUGAUACACUGAGAGCUACAGUGAUAAAUGUUGGCCAGUGUCUCUCAUGUGAUUAUUCACAUUGAUUGUCCUUUUUAAUGAGUUAUAGUAAUAAAAAUCAAAUCCCACUGCAAAUGAAAUGCUGCAGGAAACCCAGCAUUCCACCUCAGUUAAUAAUUAUUCAACUCUGACCAAAGUCUCAUUGAUUAUAGUGAAAUAUUUUAAGAGCAAAUAUUGGUCAGUUUAACAUCAUUGGCCUAAAUAGAGGCAGUAAAAGGUAAAGUCAUGAAAAAAGAAUUAUGUAACGUAUAACAAAUAAAAUAUAUUGUAUAUUUCUUGACUAGACUCACCUGCAUGUACAGGAAUGUUAACCAGAGCAUCAGGCUUCUUCCUCUUCAUCCAGAACUCUUCGUGCAUUAAAGACCUGUGUAUGAAAUUUAGAAAACGUACAUAUACGAACCCAAUCGAACAGAUUAAAAAGACAAGCACUUCUAGCACCAGGACACUGCUGAAGUUUAACAGGCAGGGAAAUGGUGUUCCUGCUUGCAUGAAGUUUUACCUUAAGCUUAUAUAUUCCUGUUCUCAUCUCUUUGGUCUAGAGCCAAUGAAUUUUUACUACAAAAAGAAUAUAUAUAUAUUUUUUUGAAAAACAAAGUACUGUAUGUGUAUUGACAGAGAAAAUUGUAUCAUUUAAAAUCCAUUUACGUAAGCAGAGGAAAGAAUAUAUUUAUGUCUAGUUAUCUAACCUUUAAACGAUUAAACAGUAAUCGUAAAGCUACGGUCAUUGCUAGUGUGUUUACACCGGUAUAAAUGUAUAUAUGAAAUAUAUGUGUAUAUAUUGUAUUGUAUGUCAGAGAUUUUACAGGAAUAGACAUCAUUGCAGAAUUACAGUAUUGUUUCUCAGAGAUUUAUGUAGUCACUAUUGAGUCAAUUAUAAUAAACUAACAUGAAUAUCA